AUGGAGAACUUCCUUUUGGGUCGACACCAGGUUGUGUACAUCGGUCGGGGAAAAUCAGAUCCUACUAUGGUUGAGAGUGGUGUCCCCCAGGGUUCAGUGCUGGGACCCAUUUUGUUUCUUAUCUAUGUGGAGGAUGCCGCAAGAGCUUUAGACUGCGAAGUAACAAUGUUUGCAGAUGACAUGAACAUAUGGAGUGUAAUUAGGGAUUCUGCGGACGAAGACAGACUGCAGAUGAACCUGAAUCGGUUGGAGGAGUGGUCAAACCGUUGGCUCCUGCGGUUCAACUUUGCCAAAUGCAGUAUACUUCGCCUAGGCAACACAACCAGAUCGGCCAGCACAAGAGACGACUUUCUGGGCAGUGCAGCCCUACAAGAGGUGGAAGCCCAAAAGGACCUCGGUGUGCUGACGACAAGUUCCCUAAAGCCAUCCGUCCAUUGUUCGAGGGUCGCAAAAAACGCAAUGUCUGUAUUGUAAGCCAUCAAGCGUGCAUUUAUGGACUUUGACGAAGACGCUUUCUCAAAGGCAUUCGGGACAUUCAUCCGGCCGCUUUUGGAGUACGGCAUACAAGCCUGGAGGCCGUGGGCGGUUGAGGAUCAAAACUGCCUCGAAAGAGUCCAGAGGAGAGCCACGAAGAUGGUUAGGGGUCAAAGCUCCUUUCCUUAUGCAACCCGCCUAGAAAAUCUGAACCUCUUUCCUUUGAGUUACAGGCAACUUCGCGGGGAUCUCUUGCAAGCCUUCCGCAUUGUAAAGGGGUUGGAUUGCAGUCUGGCCUUCGAGGACUUUUUUGAAUUUGCUACCACGACCAACCUCCGAGGUCAGCCAUUGAAGCUGCGCACUCAGCAUGCAAGGCUGGAUUUUCGGAAAUUCUCCUUUUCUGUUCGAGCGGUCAAAUCAUGGAAUGCCCUUCCCGCGGAUGUUGUGAUGUCACCAUCUAUACAAAGUUUUAAAAAGAAUCUGGACAUAUUUAUGUUCCGAAAUGACCAAGAGCGAUGAGAAGUAGAGCUCACGCCCUGUAACUCGUUUUCAUUUUGUCCUGUCAUUAUAGGCCUGUUUGAACUAUUUCAGCCCAGAACAUUUAUUUUUAUAUCACACAUUUUUACGUUGCAAAUAGGGUACUCAAAGGCUUAUGCCUAUUCCCCUCAAUAAAAUGAGCUGAACUGAAUAGUCUUUACGCACAGGAAAAAGGCUACAGACCAGGGCCGUCCGGCUGAUAUCCUCGCCUCCGACUUCAGAAAGGUUUUUGGUAGCGUGCCACGUGGACGAUUCCUACAGCAGAUUUGGCAGUGUGGAAUACAGGCAACAUUUUAAGUGGAUUAAUAGGUUCCUGUCAUUUAGAAUGCAGAGUGAUGGUAGGCAGAAUGUGGUGUGCCACGACGUUCGGACUCAGGUUCUCUACUCUUCCUUGUCUCUAUAGACGGCUACGCUGAAUAUCUUGACUGCACUUCCGUCAUCUUUGGAAGUGAAAUGAAAAUUUGGAAAGCAAUAAACUGUGCUGACCACGUGCAUAAAUUGCAAAAAAAGUCAAAAAAUUUGAUACGUUUAAUGUACCAUAAUGCGUAGUCUUGUGCUUGCAGAAGUUUCCCAAAAUUCCAGUACAUUAAAGAUGAAAUUCCACUAAAAGAUGUGGAUACACAUUAAGACCUAGGUAUCUGGACAACUUCUAGUUUGUUGCCCUCCGAACACCGCAAAAAACCGCCAAAAUGCAGCCAGCAUCAUGCAGUGAAUUAUACGUGCUUACGUGGUCUUUCCGCUGAAACUCUUCGUGUAGAUCUUUAGUACUUUUGUUGAGAAGCAUUUAGAUAGAUAGAUAGAUAGAUAGAUAGAUAAUUUUUAUUAAAGACCCGUCGGGGUCCCAUCAAAGCAAGUUAAAAUAACUUUGCAUGCGAGUUUUAGACGAGGUAGGCCGAAUCUUUACAAAAUGCAAUUCCUAGUUUCUAAAUUAGAAGUCCAUUGAGAAACAUGAUGAUUGAGGGGUGAAAAAAAACUCCUUACAAAAAGUUAAAAAUGAUUGGAUUAAUUUUACAGAAGAAGAAAAAACCUCUCUUUAAAAAUAAUAACAGAAAAAAGCGAGCAGGUCUGGCCUGUAGGUGGCGGUAUAUAACGGAAUGUUGUCGGUCAUCGUCAGGGUAGCAAUAAAUGUCCGCCUUGAUGGGUACGAAUGUGGGUCAGACAGGACUGGCUUGCAAAUGGCAGUGUAUAGAAUAUGAAAUGUCAGCAUGGAUGCCCCGGAUGAAGGAAGACUGUGACCCCAGUGGGCAGGUGCAGCGACGGCCGAAAAAAAACUGACGGACGGUCUAACGGCUCUAUCAUAUCCUGAGGGACUGAGCAAGCUUGAUUUUUUUCAGUCACUCAAGCAAAUGAGGUACCACAUUUUGUGGACAUUCCGCGUUAUCUAUGGACAUGAUUCUUUGCUCGGAUUUAAAGAUGUAUUCGAGCCUACAAUUAUGAGUCACCUGUUCGGUCAUCCGCGAAAAGUCAGACAUGAAUAUACGCGCCCAGACCAACGGAGGUUUUUUUCGUUUGAGGGCAGUUCGGUCGUUAAACUUACUCGCAAAUGAAACAGUGACUUCUGAUAUUAUGGUUGUGAUCAAAAGACAGUCGGAUUGUUUAAUUUUGAUAGCCAUCGACUCCAUCUGCAGGACUGUCUACGUCUAGCCAUGAGUUAUAAUUUCUGAUCCCAUUUCGUAUGCAAAGCACCACUGCGGGUUUGAUGUCAAAUGUUUCCGCAAACCUUACAAAUGACCACGUUUGUGCUGACUGUAUUCACUUGAAUUUGUAAUCUUAACCGUACCUGAAUGGGAUCGUCAAUUUAGAGAAGACUGAAUAAAUCGAAAAUGUUGAAAACCUACAUUAGCAUAAGGGCCCCUGAGGUCAUGUCGAAUAAGUUUUGUUCGACAUCAUCUGCGGUCUCGCCACGUCAUGGCAUACUUGAUUCCGUAGGGAACUCGACUCAUCUUGAUGUUGAAAUCUUUAAAAGAAACAACACACCUUGUAUACAAGCACCCCUACCGACUUCGCAGCAACAUCUAGUAAACCGAAGCAAGUGCCUAGUUCAAAGACUAGUCCGAGUGCGAUUUCGGCCACCCGUAUACUGGGUAAAUCCAGUUCCUCUAACAAAUAAUUUCCUCCGCAGUCGCCUGCCACUCUCACAAACUCAACGGCCCUAAAUAUAGCGGGUUUCCAACUACCCUCAGAUCACCUCUCAAAGCGGCCAUGCCGAAUAUGUUGGUAUUCCUAUAUUUGCAUAGAAUUUCCGCCCAUAUCGAAGCAGUGCGUCCUCCGCCCCCCAACAUGCUCCCUCCACGGCCGUUUUAUCAAUGUAAUCCCCAUGCAAAUGUCCAUACUGGGUCACUCAACUCACUCGAUCUUCAGUUUCACUCCGGCGGGAAUGCGUUACAUCAUCCUGCUUGUUAAUUUCCAGUAGAAAAUCAGCCAGCUAACGAUAGUAAUCAGUUUCCCUGCUUGUCAUUUCCUCCUCCAAACUCUGUUCCUCUUUAUUCACGUCGGGGUUUUUUGAUGCAACAAAUGUUUUGUAGAACCGGACAGGUGCAUCCGGACCGUACGUUCCGUGGUCAGCCAAUCAUUGGACGGUGUAGCUCACCUCCCCUAAACCUUUUGUUCUAAAUGCUAGAUCUUUACUUUGCUUCAGACUCUAGUGUUCGGUCAUUCUCCAGGUACUCUUCUGGGCAAUUAAGACAUGGACAACAGCUUCAUAUCGGACUCUGAACUCUAUCUUUUAAGCUAUAUUUGCAUUCUCAACGAUCGUCAAGAUAGCCAUGGUGGAGAGAAGCUGCAUCUACUUUAAGCAAACACUUGCAUUUUGCCGUUGGACCUCCCGAUUUUUCCAACGUAGGGGACAGCUGCUGGCUCCAAGUUGCUUUAAAAAUAAGUUCUCUUUACUCUUUGGCUGUGUUUACCGUCCGCUCAACGUCAAUGAGGGUGUUGAUCGUUUUCUUUCACAGUCAUUUCAGACUGUGGCCGAAUUAAAUCCUAAGUAAAAGUUGAUUGUGGAUGACCUCAAUCUUCCUGAAGUUCACUGAUCUCCGCCUUCCGGUCUCAACAGCUCGAAGACUUAUCUGAGGCUGUAGAUACUGGCAUGUGGAGUCGGGUUGUAGAUUUUCCCACCCGAGGACCAAGCGUACUCAACCUAGUUUUCUGUAGAGCUUGCGUGCCUUUUUUAGUGUUAUCUUUAUACCCAUUCGGUAGCUCACAUAACGAAAUAGUUGCUCCUACGAUAGAACUCGAUGUUGGCAAAAUUUUGCCCUCAAAGGAUAGCUUCUUCUUUUAUUUCCGAUCAGCCCGCCUUGUCGAAUUAUUAAUAUACCUUAAUUUUUUAGGAAUAGACUGAUUUCUCCUAAGUUCGGAUGUAAAUGUUUGUACUGUCGAACUGUAAGAUAUUCUGGAUCUGCCUUUUUUCUCAUUUUGUCCCCCGUAAUAAAGUAAUUAAUGUUGGGGAUGAGGUUUUCCUCCUCCUCCCCUUUCGCUGUAGGUUACGCAGACUUUCUUGUCGAUCCCAUCGUCUGAAUAGUAUUUCCAUUCUGCCCUCAAUUUGUGACAUUUGUGAACGGACUAGGAGAUUGUCCGAAGAAAAUCGGCCGGCCGAAGAGAUACACUUCCCCGAAAACCACUCGUUAAAUCUCGUGAAGCUUUUUCCUCGAGAAGUAAAAGCUGAUUUAAAAACGAGGUAUUUUAUCCUCCGACAUGCUCUUCGAAAUUCUGUAGCAGACGCCCACUUGACCAUUGAUAUUUUAUUAAAAACUCGACCAUUCCGCUUCCGACCCUGCAGGCAUUGAUCAGGGCAGUUCUCGAAACUAUAACGCUCACCUUGAGGGACGUGGCGGUGGCGAUUCGGCGCUUUCAUCAAUCUCAUAG